CCGUAGUUUGUCUCCAUCCUCCCUUUGCUCAUAUUUAUGCAUCAGGCGUCUCUGCAGAGAGACGUUUGGAGGUUGGUGUUUUUAAGGAGGUGUCCCCCUCCCUCUCUGCCUCCCUCCCACCGAUCCGCGCUCAGCCGCUCUCUGCGUUCAGACGCGUCAGCGACCCACCGAUGGCCCACCAUCAGGCGGACUGCUCCAACCAGACCCUCCGCUUCCCCUAGCGAAGGCAGAGCUGCGAGAGGUUCAUAUUUUGGGAUAUACUGCAUUGCUUUUAAUUUCCUACCAAAGAAAGGAAGGUGAUGAUGCUGAGGAUGCCAUGGUGGAUUUCCCUUUUGUGCGUCUGUGGAUUGAUCCACGUCGGUCACCAGAGCAGCCUUCAUCCCUCAAAUGGAGACGCCUUGUCGAGCCUGAAGGCUCGUCGGGAUGCGGGCAGGUUCGUGGGGAAGGAGGACACGGUGCCUCUCCGCCUCGUGUACAGCAGGCACAGCCACAGGCAGAUUACCCACGAUGAGCUCAGCACCAGAGUGAAGGCCAGCCCGGGUUCCACGCAGAUGGAGCAUGUAUCCCAGGCCACCUUUCAAGUUGAUGCUUUUGGAAAAACAUUUAUCCUGGAUGUGGAACUGAAUCAUGACCUCCUGUCUUCUGGGUACGAGGAGAGGCAUUUAUCAGAAAAUGGGAAGAUCGUCGUCACCAGCGGAGGAGAACACUGCUACUACCAGGGGAAGAUAAGAGACGUACCCCGCUCCUUCGUGGCUCUUUCAACCUGUCACGGAUUGCAUGGGAUGUUUUUUGAUGGCAAUCACACCUACAUGAUUGAACCUGGAGGACAGGCCAACAAUAGCGGAGAACUUGACAUUCACAUGAUAUACAAAUCUGCUGGAGAAGAGGAACUGAGUGAAAUCUUUGGUGGAGAUUUACCGGAGCCACCUUUUCCCAGUCCUCCUUUUCCUGGGUCAAAAGUCGUGCAUUGGAGAAAAAAGAGACAGGCUCAACGUUUUUCCCGCAGUGUAGAGGAUGAAACCAAAUACAUAGAGCUUAUGGUGAUCAAUGACCAUGUAAUGUAUAAGAGGCAUCGUCUUUCCGUUGGGCAAACGAACCACAACGCUAAGACAGUGGUCAAUUUAGCUGACAUGAUUUUCCGGAAACAGCUCAACACCCGGAUUGUUCUCGUCGCUAUGGAAACCUGGUCGGUGGACAACAAGUUCAACAUCGAUGACGAUCCCAUGGUGACGCUCAAGGAGUUCAUGAAGUACAGGAAGGACUUCAUCAAGGAGAAAUGUGACUCUGUUCAGCUCUUUUUAGGGAAUCAGUUUCGCAGCAGCUCGGGGUCAGCCUCCUAUAUGGGAGGAGUUUGUUCUCUCACCAAAGGAGGGGGAGUCAACGAGUACGGUAAACACGGUGAGAUGGCUGUCACCUUGGCUCAGUCUUUGGGUCAGAACAUCGGCAUUUUUUCGGACAAGAAGAGGAUUCUUAACGGUGAAUGUAAGUGCCCUGAUAAAUGGACAGGAUGUAUCAUGGGUGACGUUGGGUACUAUUUACCCCAGAGGUUUACUGAUUGCAACGUGGAGGAGUACCAUAACUUUCUGAACAGUGGGGGAGGAGCCUGCCUCUUUAACAAACCUAUGAAGCUGCUUGACCCCCCAGAAUGCGGUAAUGGCUUUGUGGAGCCAGGAGAAGAGUGUGACUGUGGUACCCCAGAGGAAUGUGCCAACGAGGGGGGGAAUUGCUGCAAGAACUGCACUCUGACCAAAGGCUCCGAUUGUAGCAAUGGACUAUGCUGCAGAAACUGCCAGUUGGAAGUCAUGGGAGUUUUGUGCCGAGACGCAGUGAACGACUGUGACAUACCAGAGAAAUGCACUGGCAACUCCAGCCAGUGUCCACCAAAUGUGCAUAAGAUGGAUGGAUACACAUGUGAAAAAGAUCAGGGUCGCUGCUUCAAUGGAAAAUGUAAAACCAAAGACAGACAGUGCAAGUACAUUUGGGGAGAAAAGGCAACAGCAGCCGACAAGUUCUGCUACGAAAAGCUCAACAUUGAAGGGACAGAAAAAGGAAACUGUGGGAAGGAAAAGGACACCUGGGUCCAGUGUAACAAACGAGAUGUUCACUGUGGGUACCUGCUGUGCUCUAACAUCUCACCAUCCCCACGCCUGGGAGAGCUGCAGGGAGGACUCACCUCUUUCUCUGUCGCUCAACAUGGUUCCCCCCUGGACUGCAGUGGGGGGCAUGUGCUGAUUGACGGAGACACAGACCUAGGAUACGUAGAAGAUGGGACAGCCUGUGGGACGGACAGCAUCUGUUUGGAUCACAAGUGUCUAUCGAUUGAACAGUUCAACUUCAGCACCUGCCCAGGGACCACUGAUAAUACCAUCUGCUCUGGACACGGAGUUUGCAGUAAUGAGCUGAAGUGUGUGUGUGACCUGGGCUGGACAGGAGACGACUGUUACUCCAGGUCCCUCCUCAGUCAUCUUGUGGACGGACUAGCAGCUCCUAGUCCAGGGAUCACCAGCACCAACAUCAUAAUCGGGGCCAUCACUGGCUCCAUCGUAUUUCUGGCUCUCAUACUGGCAGUUACUGCCUGGUGCUACAAGAGCUACAAAAAGAGACGACACAAUGAGUCUGAGGUUCACAGAAAAUUCUGCCGACAAAUACCCCCCGGUGACUAUAUCACCAAACCCGGGGAUGCAGAUUCCUUUUACAGCGACAUGCCUCCGGGUGUCAGCACCAACUCUGGAUGCAGCUCCAAGAAGAGGUCAGCCUGCCUGUCCCAGCUGCAGAUUUGCACACUGUCCUUCACUCCAUCCUUCCCAUCCAUUUCUCAGAACAUCUCAGUGUUUGGCUUCAGAUCUAAUGGCCUGUCACACUCAUGGAGCGAGAGGAUUCCAGAUGCCAAGCACAUCACCGACGUCUGUGAAAAUGGGAGACCACGAAGCAACUCAUGGCAAGGAAACCUGAGCGGUAAUCGGAAGAAGCUGAAAGGAAAGAAGUUCAGGGCUCGCUCCAACUCCACAGAGACACUGUCCCCUGCCAAGUCCCCUACUUCAUCUACUGGAUCCAUUGCAUCCAGCAGAAGAUACCCAUACCCCAUGCCUCCACUGCCGGACGACCAGAGGAAAGCCAAUAGGCAGAGUGCCAGGCUGUGGGAAACAUCAAUAUAACUCUGACCCUGCAGAAAUAUCCUAAAGAAGUAUUCGUGCUCCGUUACUACAAAUGGACAACAGAAAAAAAAACUAAUAAAGCUGCACCACAGCUCCUAAAGAGAGAGAAAGUGAGACCCCUGAAUAGAAAGGAAGUAGAAGGAAAUCCGUUUGAGUUAGGGUGUACAGAUAUGUCUGAGGCGGCCUCUGUAAGAAGAUGCAGAGAAACGAGCCUCCAGGAGCUCGGCCCGAGCUGUUCGUUUUUACUCAAGCAUCAUAAAUGGAACCGGACCCCACUCUCCAUACUAUUUUCCCAGCUUUUCUCUCAUCACAGUCUCUGCAGACACACACCCCACCCUGCCUAAGCCUUUGGAGCUCCUAUUAGAAGAAAGCAGAGGAGGCAAGAAGGAGCCACGGCAUCACUCCAAGUCUGCGCUGUCUGAUUUUUGCAGGAUGUGUUUAUAUAGAAAGUGCAGCAUUGUGUGCAUGAGAGAAGUACUGAUUAUCAGCUACAUCUUCUUGGUGUAAACAAGACAAGAAUAGCAGCUUGAUCUGAAGGGAAAGCAUGCAUCUGCAUUAUCAAUAACCCAAAAGUCACAUUUUGAUUCAGUCCUGCCCACCUUUUAUUCUUCUCCCCCCAAAAAUUUGCUAAUGUGUGUGUAAAUAUGUACAGUAAAAUACACACAGCGUAUGUCUGUGCUUUUAUUUUGAAAGACAAAAGCAUAGAGAAUACUUGGCUCUCGUUUUUUUUUUUUUUUUCUGUAGACAGAGGCUGAUGUCUGUAGAUAAAUAUAAAGCAAUGCAAUGUUCUGUGAGGGUUUCUUUUGUUCCCAGGAGUUCGUCCUCACUUUAUCCAUCAGCAACAGAAUGUGUCUUUUUAUGUCAUCUUUGCAUUAUUUUCUAAUAAUCUCUGUGAUAAACUUGCAGAUGAUUGUGACACAUUGAGACUAUAGCUCAGAUGUUUCUGGACAAGUGUUAUUUUAGCAUAAUUAAGAUUUGAGGGUUUUUUUCCGUGUCUUUUCUCAUUCAGGUAAAUGGAUUCAGAUGUGUUUGCUGUAGUUUGUAGAUGUUCCACUUAGCACUCAUGUAGUAUUUUGGAAAUGUGCCCCUUGAUUGUACGUAGGAAUGUUUGGGAAAAAAUCUGCUGCCCUUUUUUUCACAGGGAAUCCCUCCCUUCACUUCUUUUGAAUGUGAGAUGGUCGGUUCAACUGUGCCAGGAUCUGGAUAUUUUUAAAUGUGCAUUAUUGGAUUCAGCUGUGAGGGUUAGAGAUGUUUAAGCCUUUGUAAAUGAUUAAUUAUGCUGUACAGUGCUUGCUGUUUGAGCUUGUGAAGACCAAUGGCAUGGCAGUUCUAUAACGAACCUUCGGUUAUAUCUCUGGUUGGCUAAUUGUGAGAUCAUUACAGGG